AUGCCAACCUACACAGGAGCGUCGGUAUUCCUGCAGACCCUCGCGCGCGGCGGGGUCAAGUACGCGUUCGUCAACUGGGGUUCGGACCACCCCGCCUUCCUCGAGGACCUCGAGCGCCAGCGACAGACGAACAAGCACCCAGACGGGGACACCGAGCCGAGCAUCGUGAUAUGUCCGAACGAGAUGGUCGGCCUGAGCGCCGCGCAGGGGUACGCGAGCGUCACGGGCAAGCCGGCGGCGGUGAUCGUGCACGUCGAUGUCGGGACGCAGGCGCUGGCGGGCGCGGUGCACAAUGUUGACAGGGCCAGGGCACCGGUGUUGAUUUACGCGGGUGCGUCUGCGCAUAGCGCGGAUGGGGAGUUGAUGGGCAGCAGGAAUGAAUUCGUGAUGUGGCUUCAGGAUGUUCCGGACCAACCGGCUAUCGUCCGUCAAUAUAUGAGAUACACCGGUCAAAUAAACAGCGCGAAGAACGUUGAUAAAAUGGUCAUGAGAGCAUUGCAAAUCGCACAGAGCGAGCCCCGAGGGCCGGUUUAUCUGUGGGCUCGGAGAGAAGUAACCGAAGAAGUCGUAGAGGAGAGCUUGAUGAACCGAUCACCCCAGAUAUCCAAAUGGCCGAUUGUAUUACCUUGCGCUCUUCCGCCUGCUGCUGUCGCAACGAUAUCAAGUGCGCUCCUCUCGGCACAGUUUCCCUUGAUAAUUACCGGCCACCUGUCGCGGAACAGCCCAUCCGCGAUCGAUCCGCUCCUAGAACUCUCCGAACUGCUCUCCAUCCCGCUCUUCGCGCACUGCCCAUCCACGACCAAUAUCCCGUACUCGCACCCGCACUUUGCCGGCCUUUCGUUCGGAUAUGACCCUUUCGUCCUAUUGAAAAGGGCGGAUGUCGUCUUGAUUAUCGACUGUGAUAUUCCCUUCAUCGAGGUGAAGGGCAACAAGCCACCGGACACGGCGCGGGUGUUCGUGAUUGAUGGCGGGGACGUUCUGCGAACGACAAUGAACUACUGGCACGUUGAUGCGGAGAUCAUGGCCAGAUCGGACGGCGCGCUCGCACUGUCGCAACUGGUUUCUGAAGUAAAGAGACUGGACGCGGAACGGGUGCAGUCUGGCAAGCUGGGCAUCUUGGGCGGCGACGUCGUGAAAGUGCGGGGCCAGGACGUCAAGGAUUGGCAUAAUGCCCUCAUCAAGAAGUUAGACGACGCCGAGUCAACAUUGCCGGCACUUUCCUCCCAGGCGUUCUCCGCUCCCAACGUUCUGGGCACGCUCAGGAAGACAUUGAUGGCGCAGGACCUCCAUCGAGACACUCUAGUCUUCAACGAAGGUAUCUCCAAUUACGUCGAGGUCUUCAACCACUUGCGGCCGGAUGCACCCGUGUCGUAUCCAGGCGGCGGGAUGGCGAUGCUCGCUCCCGGGGCCGGGGCACUAGGGUGGGCGCUGGGGAAUGCUAUCGGUGCUUGCAUCGGAGAACGGGAUGUGAGGAAACAGGGCGGGAGGGGAUACAAGUGUGUGGUGGCUGUCAUGGGUGACGGGUGCUAUCUAUUCGGUGUCCCUGGGUCGGCGUAUUGGAUUGCUAGGAGAUAUGAAACCCCUUUCUUGACUAUCAUCCUAAACAAUGGAGGAUGGAAGUCUCCCAAAGUCGCGAUGCUGGGUGUGUACCCCAACGGACUGGGGUCGAGCGUCCACGGCGAUCGGCUCACCGUCGGAUUCGGGCCAAGCGUACCUGACUACUCCCAGAUUGCCGUCGCCGCUAGUAGCGGAUGGGUAUAUGGGCGGAAAGUAGAACGACGAGAUGAACUGGAGGAGGCGAUCCGAGAAGCUGUGAGAGUGGUUGUAGAGGAGAAGCGUACAGACAGCACUCCCCCCGCAAUGAUCGUGGAUCCUAUUAUAUACCACAAUGCAGCCUCUGGCCACGCAUCUCGGUUACUUUUGAACGAGUUUGAGUACCUCCCGCCUGCACUUCUCGUGCAGCCUGCCGAAGCUAUAGGAGGAUCCGAAAUAGCCAGCGAUAUCCCCCGCGACUGCAUCUAA